CGCCGUGUUGCCCGUGGCGCUGGGAUUGGUCAGCGAACGCUCUGGUGAGGGGUGAAGCGGACGAGCGGCGGGGGUGGCGCGGCAGACGCCGGGAGUCGGGAUCGCGCCGGGCUCGUCGCUAUGUCUGAGGCCGCGUUCCAGAAGGCCGCCGAGGAGGUGAAGCAGCUCAAGUCCCAACCGACAGACCAGGAGAUGCUGGACGUCUACAGCCACUACAAACAGGCCACGGUGGGCGACGUGAACACGGAUCGCCCUGGUAUGCUGGACUUCAAAGGCAAAGCAAAGUGGGAUGCCUGGAAUGCAUUGAAAGGAAUGUCCAAAGAAGAUGCAAUGAAAGCUUACGUAACAAAAGUGGAAGAACUAAAGGGCAAAUACGGCAUCUGAAGACUGAAUAUAGCAGCCACUUGCACACCUGAAACAUGCCUUAUUUCUAAUACUGUGGAAAACCGGUUUCUGAGAAUAACUUUAAAUACCUACUAUGUUAUAGUCGGUUCUCCUCAUGCCUGUUGUAGUUCAGGGCAAGUUGCAUACCUGCCUAAUGUACUGACACAUUAUAAAUUCCUUCUGGGAACAAAAUCUGGAACUCAUUAAAGUGCAUUUGGUACUUUA